GAUGUCAGGCAGCCCCUCUCCUCGUCUCUUCAUUGGAGGGCUCAAGAGGAAUGUUGAGAAAGAGGAGCUCAUGGAAGAAUUUAAAGAAUUUGGAGAAAUAACCGACAUGUGGAUAGCGUACGAUCCUCCAGGAUUCGCAUUUUUAGAAUUUGCAACUGUGGAAGCAGCUGCCGCUGCACUAGAGACUAAACACAAGAAAGAUUGUUUUGGAAGUGAAAUUAGAGUCGAAUUCACCAAAAAAAAGGAUGAUUUGAAAAAGGAACACGAAGUGCAAGAUUCGGGCAAACCAAGACUGUUUAUUGGAAAUAUUAAGAACGCAGUAGAAAAGGAGGAUGUCCGCAGCGUGUAUGAGAAGUUUGGAAAUGUUACGGACGUGUGGAUAGCACAUAAUCCUCCGGGCUUUGCUUUUGUAGAGUUUGACACGGAAGGAGCGGCUAACAAGGCAGUAGAGGAGACUAAUGAUACAGAACUGUUCGGUGGGAGUGUUAGGGUUCAGAUUACUAAAGGGAGAAGGGAGGGGCGCAGGAACAGGGUUAAUGAAAUGAGGGAUAAAAGAACUGUACCACGAGGUGGUAACCAUGGUUAUCAUUCGGCUCCACCAGUCAGGCAGGCCCCGUACCCCGCACACAACCCUUACGGACGACGGAGACCUCCUGCACGUGACCCGUAUGCACGUGACCCAUAUGCACGUGACCCGUAUUACGCCAGCCCGUAUGCACGAGACCCGUAUUACGCAAGGGAGGCACCGCCACCUGCUCCAUAUUAUCCGCCCGAACCUUACGCACGUGACCCUUACUAUGCGCGAGAUUACGCUGCGCCACCUCCCAGACCAAGGCGGCCGGAGACCCGUGCUCCCUACAGCGGGGGGGCAGGGGGGGCUCCCUAUCCAGCACAUGACCCCUACGGAGCUACUUACUACUAAAUUACGUUUUGAGAGUUUUAGCUGAUAAUUUUAUUAUUGAGCCGGUGUUGACCGGGACACAGUGCGCUUUCUUCUUCAUCUUCUCUUCAUAUCAAAUGUAUUUGUGAUUUCAUCUUUUUAUCAAGGAUUUAGUUUCUCUAUUUUUCCAGACUUGAAGUUUAUAAAAAUUGUGCAA